AUGUGUAAAAACCAUCGCGAUUAUGUUGACUCAAUAGUUUCCGAAUCAAAUGCGGAUGAUGGAGACAGUGAGGGCAAAGCGGAAGUACAAGUGGGAGAACAAGACGAAGAAGAGGAGAAUGAAAAUGAACAAGAAGAGAAUGAGAAAGAGAGAAAAAAAAGACGUUGAUCAUGAUACAGAGUAUGAUGAGGAUAUGGAAAGCAGUUCUGAACAUGAUUUAUACAACAAUGAUCCGGAUUUCGUUCCAGAUUCUGAUUCUAAAACAACUGGAGGAACAUGUAUGAAUGAUAUCAGAAGAUUUUUCUACAAAUUUGCUCACGCGGCUGGUUUCACUAGAGUAAGAAAAUUUUAAAGAAAGUUGAGAUUGUUUUUUUCUAGAUAACAUCGCGGAAACCCUUCAAAGAACUCUCAUAUGGUACACAACUGAAAAAAGUUUCAAUGACAAAAAAACUCAUUAAUGCAGUCAUUGAAGAAAUUUCUCCAGAGCAUCCCGAAAUAUUGAAGAACUGGGCAUUGUCACAAGAUACUGAAGAAAUUUGGGGUGAUCAUCAAGACAGUCACUUAUCUUCUCUAUUGGAAAACAUUGCUUUCCGAUAUAGAAUAGGAGGAAACCGAGCAGAACGGAUAUCAAUUCUUUCUCUGGUAGCAAAAACAUUUCCGUUAACUCAAAUUCAAAAAUAUAUACCUGGAUUAUCACGAUUUGUUUAUGAUGAGGCCAGAAAACAAACAGAUUAUGAACCUCAAAGUUUGAAAAGAAAGCGGGAAAGAUUCAAUCCAUCUGCUUUGCACACCUUCAUCAAUUUCAUCACAAGGUUUCAAAAAUUUUAUCUUAGAAAAAUUAUCCAUCUUUCAUUUUUUAUAGCUCAAUAGUCAUGGUUCCCAAUACUUUUGGAAUGAGGAAAAUCAAGUUUUCUGAUGGGAAAGUUGAUUAUAUACCAGAUAUUUUACGAAAACAAACUUCCUCUGAAAUUGUUCGAAUGUACAAAGAAUACCUGAAAGUGAGUUUCUCACCAAUUUUCAAAAAUUGAUUUUGUUCAUAGGACACCGAUCAAGAAAACAAACUACUCAGCGAUAGUACACUUUAUAACAUUUUAUCAAUAUGUAGUGCCUCCAAAUUACGAGCACACCAGUGCGUUGAUUAUUUUUUAGCAGAUUUGUUCGAGGUUUGGUAAAAUUACAACAUACAUGAAAAUUUCUUUUCAGGCACAAGUAGACAUCAAAAACAUUUUGGAAAAGUUGAGAUCCAAAAAUCUAAUUUCGGGAGACUUUUUUGAAGAUUCUUCGAGUAAAUUGAAUGAGUUUCUUCUUUACCUUCGAACGGAUUACGCGUUACAUAUUAAAGAAUCCUCCAGAAUAAGCGAUCACUGCAUAUCUCACUCAUUGAGUGAAGAUAAAGAGCAGCGUCUAGCAAAGAGAUGUUCACAUUCUCAUGAUUUAGCUUGUAAGAGAUGUAAAUCUGGAACAAAUCUUCUGGAAAAUUUGAAAGAAACGCUGUCAUCAAUAGUUUCAGAUGCCAAGACCGUUGCUGAUGAAAACGGUUUGUUUUUGAAAUUUUUUAUCAAAAUAGGAGUGCCUAAUAGACAAUUUUAGAUUCUUCAUACAAUCUCCAACGUCACAGUGAAGCAGUUGACAUGUAUCGCGGCAUCAUUGAAAGUAUUGAAAAAAUACUGGCCUACAAAAAACAUGUUAUGCGAGCUCGUGUCACGGAGAACGAAAAGGCUUUCAGGUUGGCAAAUUUGCAAGAAGGAGAAGCCGUUCUUCUUAUGGAUUAUGCACAAAAGUUAUUGCCUCUCAAACAUAUUGAACGUCAAACUGACUAUUUCGGAAAAACUGGCAUGAGUUGGCAUGUUGCUCAUGUUACUGCUAAUGUAUCCAGUGAACUAAAAGUUCAUCAUUUCAUUCAUAUUUUGAAAGCAAAACAGGUGACAUUUUUUGAAAAUUAUGUUUUCACAUAGAAAUUUUUUUAGGAUUCAAAAUCAACUGUGUCUAUAAUAGAGCAUGUUUUGUCAAGUCUGAAAAAACAGGGUAUAAAAAAAGUGUUUUUGCGUAGUGAUAAUGCGGGAAAUUAUCAUUCGACAUCUACCAUUGGAUCUUUGCCGCAAAUAUCACAAAGAACUGGAGUUGAAGUGAUGGAGUAUUCGUUCAGUGAAAGUCAAGACGGGAAGAGCUCUUGUGAUCGACUUGCCGCAGUGGCGAAAAAAAAGGUAACAGCAUGACUAUUGUUGAAAUCAGAAUUGAGUCACAGAUUCAUACUGCUGUGGAUUCUGGAUACGAUGUGACAACAGAGGAGGAAUUGUUUUCUGUUUUGAGCGAAAAAUCCCAAAUUACUGCAACAUCAGUUUUUAUUAUGUCUCUGAAACAAUCAGCCAAUUGCGAGGACAAACAAAAUCAAAAAUUUGAGAAAAUAAGUAAACUUUUUCAUUUCACAUUUGACAAAAACCGAAUAAUUGGUAACGGAUAUCGGGGAAUUGGUUCUGGUAUUAUUAUGAACAAAAAUGAUGUUAUUGUCAUGAACCCAGUGUGGAUCAUAGAAAAAGAAUCAGAAGACACAUCUGAAUAUUGGUAUAUUCCAAAAAUAAAAACAACUGAAAUGCGCGAGAAGUGAGACUUAUACUUUUUCCCGAAAAAAUACUGUUAUUCAGAAAACAACCCACUCCACAAUCAGAUGAUUUGGAUAUUCAAGAACCCGAAGGAAAUAUUGAAUUAUUUGCAUGCCCACAGUCAGGAUGCAUGAAAAAAUACACCAGUUAUCCACAUCUCGAGAGGCAUUUGAUAGGAGGAAAACACAAAUUUCACCCGGAACGAAUAUCUUUACUUGAUCAAGCUUUGAAUAUGUACAAAGAAAACGUAAGUAGCUUUAGAAUGGUUUGCAAACCUGUACUAUUAUAUUGAAGGUUGAAAGUAUCCAAACUCACGAAAAUUUUGGAAAUGUAGCUCUCGAGGAGCUAGAAAAAAAUUCAGCAGAUGAUGAUAUUCUCCCAGUUGGUUGGGCUCUUAAAACGAGAAAAAAAAAUGAACGGUUUGUUGAUUCAAAAAAAAACUACCUUAUAUAUACAUUUUUAGAUUUUCUCAAAGUGUGGUUCAAGAACUGCGUUUUUUGUUUGAAGAAGGAAUCCGUAGAGGAUACAAGUAUUCCCCUCAAGAAGCUCAAAGGGUCAUUCGAGAGAAACGCUCAAAAAACAAUGAGUUAGUUUUCACUGAAUCUGAAUGGUUAUCUACAAAGCAGAUAGCAUCGUUUUUUGCAAGAUUAAGUAGUCAGAAACAAAAAGAUUCAAUGAAAAAAUCACAAAAAAACAAAUAUAAACGACAAUCUGAUAUGCUGGGACAAUGCGAAGAUACAGAAGAUCUGAAUGAAUGGUUUGAGAGUGAUUACGAACUGGACUACAAAUAUGAAACUUUGUAUGAAGACUUUCUCGACAAUGUUCGUAAACUUAUCAGUCGCAAUCAUGGCGAAUUAUUCUUCAUGGAAGACAAAUUGAUAGACUACUCCGAACUACCCACAAAACAUAAUUAG